AUGGUUCUUUUUAAUUUCAAGUCAGACAAGCAUUUUGUUACCUCUUCCGACAAAACCACCCUCAGAGUUUGUGAGUUGAGCGAUCCUACUGUUCACCCUUCUCGUAUUCGAAAGGCUCAUUGGAGAGAAGUUGGUUGUAUCAUUGUUGACACUGAUGAUGAUAGAGACGUGGAUGACUUGACGGAAGAGCAGUACUACGACGGGCUGUCUUUUUUCGAUGGUCAUGGGAAGAUCGAGGGACAGGAAGCCCUGACCAAGCUAGCCCAACACCUCGCCCGAUUGGGUUUGAUGGUGAGCCCUGGAGGGUAUUGCUUUCAAGACGUGACCGAGCUGAACGAGCAUAAAGAGUUUGGAAUUCACUAUCUCCGACUGAAUGAUCUCUUCAGCUGGUCGCAUCACGGUGUUGGCAUGUCGAGGAUCACCAUGUGGCGGCGCUUGGAGUUGAAGUACGAUGUGCCAAAGCAUAAGAAAAUACCAAAGUCGUCGUUGAUGGUAGGCGGUGCGAUCAGUAAGGAGAAGUAUGAAGAGUUGAAAAGGAUGUUGAACGAGAAAAAGGAGGAGCUGAAGAAGGUAACCACGGAAAUGGAAGACGAGAUUCAGAAACUGAGGGACGGAAAUGACGAAGAGCUACAAAAGGUCCAGCAGGAGAUGGAAGCGGCCAUUGACAAGAGAGAUGCGGAGCUGCGGAAGGUGAAGAAGGAAAAGGGGGAAGAGUUGAGGAAACUGAGGAAGGAGAAGGACGAGGAGAUACGAAAACUGAGGCGAGAGAUGCAUGAUGAAGUGGAAAGACUCGAGAGAGAGAAGGAUGAAGAAGUAGCAAAGCUAGAAGAGUCAGAUGAAACGACUCACGAACCGGCAAAGGAGGAGGAACUGAAGAUGCUGAGGAGGGAAGCAAACGACUCGAAGAAACGGGAGAAAGAGAAGGACGAGGAGUUACUGAAGCUGAAACGAGAGUUGGAAGAUCUAAGAAGAUCGAAGAAGGAAGAGGAAGGACAUCAUAGGCUAGAAAAGGAGGAGGAGAAAAAGGAUAAGGAAGCACUACAACAACUCAUCAUGGAGAAGGAUGGUAAAUUGCAGGAACUAGGAAAGGUAAGGGAGCAACUGUUAGGAAAGGUCGAGCAGUGUAGUAAAUAUUCAUGGUCAAGACUACCUUCAUAUAACUGUGGUGAUUUAGUCAAGUUAAGAAAACGGGUGCCGCGAGAGAAUUUUGAGAAGGCCAGCGGAUUGGAUAGGAAUCAGCAACAUCUCUGCCAUCGCUAUGUUCCACAUAUCCUGACUUCUUCAGCCUUCGCCAGGCAAUACGUUGAUGUGGUAGAUGAUGUGUCGCGCGACGAUUGGCCACCUCCACCUAGGAUUCAGUUUUCCGUUGGUAACAACGGCCAGUUCGACGUCGACAACUGGUGGUUUCUGAAGACAACCCACCCGGAAGGAGGCACGACGAUGCUGGGUUAUUACGAUGGGAGUCUUUCUAUUUGUCCUGAUGCUGCCUAUUCAUGCAAUACGAGGUUGCCUUUUCCUAGGGGAUGUGAUUUUUGUGCAAGUAGAAACUUCUUCCUGACUUGUCUGGAUGCCCAAGAGUGGAGGCUGGCUUUUACGUAUCGUGAGUAG